UUCCACCUUCCGGGCUCGGCAGGGCACGGGGGCUGCCUCUCGGGGAAAACUUCGCUCCCCCUGCAGCCCCGACCCUAACGCUGUCCCCACACGGCUGCGGCUCCUGCGAGGCUCCCCCCAGCCGCAGCCCCUUCUUUUGGGGUGCUCGCCCGCUUUGCCCUGCAAGGUGCAGCGGCCGCUCCCCGGCUCGCUCCUUGCUUUGCACCGGGUUUUAGCUCCCAUGCAAGCAAGACCAGCGCAUAUUCCUAUAGAAUUGGUAAUAGUAUUAAUCUUUCCUGAUUGCUUUUUUUUUGAAAUUUACCCCUCUUUCUCUCUGUUUAUGUUCAGGGUGAGGGUAACGGGGUGUAUGUGUGUGUGUGUCUGUCGCUGCUCUUCAGCUGCAGUUGCUGUUGGCCGAGCCUGGGGACCGGCUGCAGCUGCUUGGGCCGGGGAGAGAGGGAGGGAUGUUAGCGGAGGACCUGCUGGUCGCAUUUUGCUCCCUCUCUUCCCCACAUGCCUCCGAAAGGGAGGGCUCGCCUUGCCCUCCCUGUUCGCAGGCACUCGGAGGACCCCUGCUCCGGCCGGGGAUGGGUUAAACGUGGCUCUCCCAGCUCCAACUUGUGCUAUUAAAGGAAAUAAUCCAGCCUCUCCUUGCCCACUUUUUGAACCCAGCUGGAUUAUUUGCAGGAGGAAGAGAGAGCCGCGCUGCUCCGAGAAAUGCAUCAGUGGGUGUCUUUUUCCUCUUUUUUUCUUUUUUUUUUUUUUUUUUUUUUGUUGUUGUUGUUAUUGUUCGUGGUGGCUUCAUGCCCUUGCUUUGUUGUUGGGAGGAUUAAGGGUUGCCGAGUGUCCUUAGUCCCAGAUCCAAUUAAAAUAAAUGCAAGUAAAUGGGACAUAAAGGGAAGUCAGCGUUGGCAUCCCGGCAGAGGCACUAAAGCAUCAAGGCUGGUUAAAAGGAAGAGACUCGUAGAAAUGAAUGCUUUCCUUCUUACUCAUUUGCUUUGCCUUUGCAGCGCUGUCAGACAGGCUUAGAGAGGUGCACCAUUUGAUCGGGGUUUUGCGAAUCCUUAACCAAUCUCUGUCCAGCAGAAAGAAAAAAAGAAAAAAAGUCUUCUCCACAGGCAUAGGCGUUUUAACUUCUCUCUCAUUUAGCAGAUGCUUUGCUUUAUGAAAUCUGGUUCGAGUUCUCAGCAAAGGAAGCAAGAGAGGGUGAGCUAUGAGAAAUGUGGAGAAGUGCUGCACCGUUUCCUAGCCACUGCCCGGACUGUCUCUGCUCAUUGAGGGCUUGUUCCUGGUCUGGAGCAGUUGUGCAGAGGGUGUAAGCGCUAGCUGGGAAAGCAGAACAUGGCAAAACACCCUGGGCAGGUCUCAGCUGCCUUUUUUUCUUCCUGCUGACAUACAGAGCGCUUAUCUUUCAGUUGAACAAAAAGUUACUUAUUUUUCUUGGAAAGGACUUGGUGGCAGAAACAAGGAGAGAAGGAAAGAUCCCUCCGGAGCCAGCCUGCCUUUGGAGAGUGCUGCUGAGAAAGAGCUUACAGCUGUGAUUUUUGCACCCAAAAAUCACUGGAGUCUUGUUGAGACAGCCAGGGUGAAAGAAAGAUGUGAUGGAGGUGAAUAUGGGCCACUGGUCAGGCACAGGGCCACCUCCUUCUUGCCUUGCCCUUCUGAUUGUCAAGCUCCUGGCCUCCCUUUGCCAGGUAGUCCAUGGAACAGCACCACUUGGCUUUCACUUCACACAUUCCACUUACAAUGCUACUGUGUAUGAAAAUUCGGCUGCCAGGACCUACGUCAACAGUCAAACGAGAAUGGGCAUUACCUUGGCCGAUCUUUCUUGGGAUAUCAAAUACAGGAUAGUGUCUGGCGACGAUGAGGGCUUUUUUAAAGCAGAGGAAGUCAUCAUUGCUGACUUUUGUUUCCUGAGAAUAAGGACUAAAGGUGGGAAUUCUGCUAUAUUAAACAGAGAAAUCCAGGACAACUAUUUAUUGAUAGUGAAAGGGUCUGUCAGAGGAGAGGACUUGGAAGCAUGGACAAAAGUGAACAUCCAAGUCUUGGACAUGAAUGACUUAAGACCUUUGUUUUCACCAACCACAUACUCUGUCACAAUAGCAGAAAGCACUCCUUUAAGGACUAGCAUUGCACAGGUGACCGCAACAGAUGCGGAUAUUGGGUCCAAUGGUGAAUUUUAUUAUUAUUUCAAAAACAAAGUUGAUCUCUUCUCAGUACAUCCUACGAGUGGUGUUAUCUCCUUAAGUGGCCGGCUAAACUAUGAUGAGAAAAACAGAUAUGAUCUUGAGAUUCUGGCUGUGGACCGUGGGAUGAAGCUUUAUGGAAACAACGGUGUAAGCAGUACGGCCAAGCUUUAUGUUCACAUUGAACGUAUAAAUGAACAUGCCCCAACGAUAAAUGUAGUAACACAUAUUCCCUUCCCAUCAGACAAGGAGCCUACCUAUGCAGUUGUUAACAUUGAUGACCUAGAUGAAGGAGCCAAUGGAGAAAUUGAAUCUGUUUCAAUUGUGGCGGGAGAUCCUCUAGAACAGUUCUUUCUGACUAAAGAAGGUAAAUGGAUGAAUGAGUACAAAAUAAAGGAAAGAAAGCCUAUUGACUGGGACAGUUUCCCAUAUGGUUAUAACCUAACUCUCCAAGCAAAGGACAAAGGAUCUCCUCAGAAAUUUUCUGCAGUCAAACUGGUCCACAUUGCUAGUCCCAAAAAAGAAAGUAUACCAAUAAAGUUUGAAAAGGAAACUUAUGAUGUUUCUAUCAAUGAAUUUUCACCUCCAGGUGUGGUGGUUGCAGUAAUUAAGCUGAUGCCAGAGCCACUGGGUGUGGAAUAUAGAUUAUCUCCUAGUGAGGAUGCUGAUUAUUUUAAGAUCAAUCCCAUCACAGGCCUUAUUACUACCGCUCGUCCUUUGAAAAUCAUUGAGAAGGACCUCUACGAAUUAGAAGUAUAUACAAACAAAGGUGGUGAUUUAAAAGCAGAGGUUACUGUCAGGAUAGAAGAUGCCAACGAUCACACUCCGGAGUUCCAGCAGCCUUCGUACAGCUCGUUCGUCAACGAAAGUGUCCCUGUGGGCUAUAGCGUUUUGGCAGUUUCAGCAGUCGAUAAAGACAGAGGAGAAAAUGGAUACAUAACAUACAGCAUUGCCAGUCUGAACUCACUGCCAUUUAUAAUAAACCAGUUUACAGGUAUCAUCAGCACAUCUGAAGAACUGGACUUUGAGUCCUCACCAGAAAGCUACAGGUUCAUUGUAAGGGCUUCUGACUGGGGUUCUCCCUACCGCCAUGAAAGCGAGGUGAAUGUCACCAUAUACAUAGGCAAUGUCAACGAUAACAAACCCCUGUUUGAAAAAGUGGCAUGUCAGGGAGUGAUUUCAUCUGACUUUCCUGUUGGUGGUCACAUUACUGCUGUUUCUGCUAUAGACAUAGAUGAGUUAGAGCUUGUAAAGUACAAAAUAAUCUCUGGAAAUGAGCUUGGCAUUUUUUAUUUAAAUCCUGACUCUGGUGUCCUGCAACUUAAAAAAUCUCUAAUUAAUUCUGGCAUAAAGAACAGCAAUUUUGGCCUUAAGAUAACAGCCACUGAUGGAGAAAACUUUGCUGACGCUAUGUUUGUUAAUAUUUCGGUAGUUCAUGGGAAAGUGUCUUCAAAGACCUUUAGCUGUAGAGAGACUAGAGUUGCUCAGAAGCUAGCAGAAAAAUUGCUCAAAAAGGCAAAAGCAAAUGUGAAGCUGAAUUUGGAAGAUGGUUUUCUCGAUUUUUAUUCAGUGAACAGACAGGCACCACAUUUUGACAAAACCUUCCCUACUGAUGUGAUGGUUUCAGAGGAUCUGCCAGUUGGUGCCACCAUCCUAAGGAUAAAAGCCUAUGAUGCAGAUUCAGGCUUUAAUGGAAAAGUAGUUUAUACAAUUUCUGAUGGUAAUGGAGAUAGUUGUUUCAACAUUGACAUGGAGACAGGGGUACUUAAAGUUCUUAUGCCCUUGGACCGUGAAAAAACAGAGCUCUAUCUCCUUAACAUUACAAUUUAUGAUUUAGGUAAUCCACAGAAAUCUGCAUGGAGACUGUUGACUGUCACUGUAGAGGAUGCAAACGAUAACAAGCCUGUUUUUUUACAGGACAGUUACUCAGUUAACAUUUUAGAAAGUACAAGCCUUGGUACAGAGAUUAUCCAAGUAGAAGCCAGAGAUAAAGACCUAGGAUCGAAUGGAGAGGUGGCUUACUCGGUGCUGACGGACACCCAGCAAUUUGCCAUCAACAGUUCCACAGGAGUGGUGUAUGUGGCCGAUCAGCUAGACCGGGAAACAAAAGCAAACUACACACUAAAGAUUGAGGCUAGGGACAAAGCAGACAGUGGCCAUCAGCAGUUUUCCGUUGUGCCUCUGAAGGUUUUCUUAGAUGAUGUCAACGAUUGUUCUCCAGCCUUUAUACCAUCCAGCUACAAUGUGAAGGUUCUUGAGGACCUGCCAGUUGGCACUGUCAUAGCUUGGUUGGAAACUCAUGAUCCAGAUCUCGGCUUGGGAGGUCAAGUCCGUUACUCUCUGGUGAACGAUUACAAUGGGCGGUUCGAGAUAGACAAAGCGAGCGGUGCCAUCCGCUUGAGCAAAGAGCUCGAUUACGAGAAGCAGCAGUUCUACAACCUGACAGUGCGUGCAAAGGACAAGGGACGCCCAGUUUCUCUCUCUUCUGUUUCUUUUGUGGAAGUUGAAGUAGUGGAUGUUAACGAAAAUCUCUAUACCCCCUAUUUUCCUGACUUUGCUGUCAUUGGAUCUGUAAAGGAAAACUCGCGCAUUGGUACAAGCGUUUUGCAAGUUGUUGCUCGAGACGAGGACUCUGGAAGGGAUGGAGAGAUCCAGUAUUCCAUCAGGGAUGGCAGUGGGCUGGGGAGGUUCAGCAUAGAUGAAGAAACAGGAGUUAUCUACACUGCAGAUAUUCUUGAUCGGGAGACGACCAAGUCGUACUGGUUGACAGUGUAUGCGACCGACCACGGAGUCGUCCCACUCUACACGACCAUCGAAGUCUACAUUGAAGUGGAGGACGUGAAUGACAACGCCCCUCUCACCUCUGAACCCAUCUAUUACCCAGCCGUCAUGGAAAACUCCCCAAAGGAUGUAUCUGUCAUUCAGAUCCAAGCCCAGGACCCGGACUCCAGCACCAAUGAAAAACUGACUUACCGGAUUACAAGUGGAAAUCCCCAGAAUUUCUUUGUAAUCAAUCCCAAAACAGGUCUGAUUACAACAACAUCAAGAAAAUUGGAUCGGGAACAGCAAGCAGAGCAUUUUUUGGAGGUAACUGUCUCGGAUGGGGGCACAUCUCCCAAGCAGUCCUCAGUUUGGGUGGUGGUCCAGGUUCUGGAUGAGAAUGAUAACAAACCACAGUUUCCGGAGAAAGUCUAUCAGAUCAAAUUGCCAGAGAGGGAUCGUAAGAAAAGAGGGGAGCCAAUCUACAGAGCUUUUGCUUUCGACAAAGAUGAAGGCCCUAAUGCAGAAAUCUCAUACAGCAUUGUGGAUGGAAAUGAGGAUGGGAAAUUUUUUAUUGAUCCCAAAACAGGGAUGGUUUCUUCUAGAAAGCAGUUCACAGCAGGGAGUUAUGACAUAUUAACAAUAAAGGCAGUGGACAAUGGCCGGCCCCAAAAAUCUUCAACUGCACGCCUCCACAUCGAGUGGAUAAAAAAACCUGCGCCCUCGCCAGUGCCGCUCACUUUUGAUGAACCCUUUUACAACUUCACCGUCAUGGAAAGUGAUAAAGUGACGGAAAUCGUUGGGGUGGUCUCCGUGCAGCCAUCUAACAUCCCUCUCUGGUUUGAUAUUGUCGGAGGGAAUUACGAUAGUUCUUUCGACGCGGAGAAGGGAGUGGGCACUAUUGUCAUUGCAAAGCCCUUGGAUGCAGAGCAGAGGUCAAUAUAUAAUAUGACUGUGGAAGUCACCGAUGGAACAAACAUUGCCACGACUCAGGUUCUUAUUAAAGUGUUGGAUAACAAUGAUAAUGGCCCAGAAUUCUCUCAACCAAGUUAUGAUGUCACCAUCUCAGAGGAUAUCCUCCCUGACACUGAAAUUCUGCAAAUUGAAGCCAUAGACAGAGAUGAAAAACAUAAGCUGAGCUACACUAUUCACAGCAGCAUCGAUGCAGUCAGUGUGAGAAAAUUCAGAAUUGAUCCCAGCACUGGGGUGCUCUAUGCUGCUGAGAGAUUAGACCACGAAGCUCAAGAUAAGCACAUCCUUAAUGUCAUGGUUCGAGAUCAAGAAUUCCCUUACAGAAGAAACCUGGCCAGAGUCAUCAUAAAUGUGGAAGACUCCAAUGACCACAGUCCAUACUUUACCAGCCCACUGUAUGAAGCCUCGGUGUUCGAAUCAGCAGCUAUUGGAUCAGCAGUUUUGCAGGUCACAGCUUUGGACAAAGAUAAAGGAGAAAAUGCAGAGCUUAUCUACACUAUUGAAGCAGGAAAUACAGGAAACACAUUCAAGAUCGAACCAGUUUUAGGGAUCAUUACAUUACUGAAGGAGCCAGACUUAACCACAAUGGGACAGUUUGUUCUCUCAGUUAAAGUGGCUGACCAAGGUUCUCCACCACUUUCUGCAACAGCAAUUGUACGGAUAUCUGUGACAAUGGCAGAUAACUCCCACCCUAAGUUCACUGUCAAAGAAUAUCAAGCUGAGAUUAAUGAAAACGUGGAUAUUGGUACUUCUGUGAUCUCUCUUUCUGCAAUCAGUCAGUCCACAUUAGUCUAUGAGGUUAAAGAUGGGAAUGUGGAUGGAGUCUUCGCUAUAAACCCAUAUUCUGGAGUCAUCACCAGUCAAAAGACCCUUGAUUAUGAACGUGCUUCCUCUUAUCAGCUCAUUGUACAGGCAACAAAUAUGGCAGGGAUGGCAUCAAAUGCCACUGUGAACAUUCAGGUUGUUGAUGAAAAUGAUAACCCACCAGUUUUUCUUUUCUCUCAGUACUCAGGCAGCAUAAGCGAAGCUGCUCCUGUAAAUAGCAUAGUCCGAAGCGCAAAUAACAGCCCCCUUGUGAUACGUGCCACUGAUGCUGACAGCAACCAGAACGCUUUGCUCGUCUACCAGAUCGUUGAAUCUACUGCAAAAAAGUAUUUCACAGUAGAUUCCAGCACAGGUGCAAUUAGAACCAUUGCAAAUUUAGAUCAUGAAACAAUAGCCCACUUCCACUUCCAUGUGCAUGUUAGAGACAGUGGAAAUCCUCAGCUUACAGCAGAGAGCCCUGUUGAAGUAACGAUUGAGGUAACUGAUGUCAAUGACAACCCACCAGUCUUCAGCCAGGCAGUAUUUGAGACUGUCCUGCUUCUGCCCACAUAUGUUGGUGUUGAGCUUCUCAAAGUCAAGGCUACAGACCCAGAUUCAGAGAUCCCUCCUGAACUCACAUAUAGUCUAAUCGAAGGCAAUCUGGACCAUUUUUUGAUUGAUUCAAGCACAGGAGUACUCACCAUUAAAAACAAUAGCCUCUCCAAAGACCAUUAUAUGCUAAUAGUAAGAGUAUCUGAUGGGAAAUUUUAUAGCACUGCUAUGGUGACAAUAAUGAUAAAAGAAGCCAUGGAUAGCGGGCUUCAUUUCACACAAAAUUUUUAUUCCACGUCUAUCUCAGAAAACACCACCAAUAUCACAAAGAUCGCUGUGGUAAAUGCUGUUGGUAACCGUCUUAAUGAGCCCUUGAAAUACAGCAUAUUAAACCCAGGAAACAAAUUUAAAAUCAAACCCACAUCAGGAGUCAUUCAGACGACUGGCAUACCCUUUGACCGAGAGGAACAGGAGCUGUAUGAGUUGGUGGUGGAAGCAAGCCGUGAACUAGAUCACGUUCGUGUCGCUCGAGUGGUGGUGAGGGUUUACAUUGAAGACAUAAAUGACAAUGCACCAGUGUUUGUAGGGCUUCCAUACUACGCUGCUGUGCAAGUUGAUGCUGAGCCUGGUACCCUGAUAUAUCGAGUGACAGCUAUUGAUAAGGAUAAGGAUGAAAAUGGUGAUGUGUCAUAUCUUCUGAAGGAAGAUUACGGACAUUUUGAAAUUGAUAGGGGAACUGGUAGUGUCACCCUGAAAGAAGCCUUCAAUUCUGACUUAUCUAAUAUAGAGUAUUUGGUUGUCAUUCUUGCAAAAGAUGGUGGCAACCCAUCACUGUCUGCUUCAGUAGAGCUCCCCAUUACUAUUGUUAACAAAGCAAUGCCUGUAUUUGACAAGCCCUUCUAUACAGCCUCCGUGAAUGAAGAUGUAGAAAUUCACACACCAAUUUUAAGCAUAAAUGCAACCAGUCCAGAAGGCCAGGGUAUCAUUUAUAUCAUUGUCGAUGGAGAUCCUUACAAUCAGUUUAAUAUUGACUUCGAUACUGGAGUUCUGAGUGUCAUCAGCCCACUGGACUAUGAAAUAAAUUCCCUUUUCAAGUUGAUGGUGCGAGCUAGUGAUGCCCUCACUGGUGCUCGAGCUGAGGUCACUGUGGACUUGAUUGUUAAUGAUGUGAAUGAUAACCCUCCAGUUUUUGAUCAGUCAGCUUAUAAUGCUACUUUGUCUGAAGCAUCUUUGAUUGGGACUCCUGUAUUGCAGGUUGUUGCUACUGAUGCUGACUCCGACAAUAACAAAAUUGUGCAGUAUCAGAUAGUCCAGGACACCUUUAACAGCACAGAUUAUUUCCAUAUAGACAGCACAAGUGGCCUAAUUCUGACAGCACGUAUGUUGGAUCAUGAACUCAUACAGCAGUGCAGCUUGAAAGUCAGAGCAACUGAUAACGGGUUCCCACCACUUAGCAGUGAGGUUCUUGUUAGUAUCUCAAUAACAGAUAUGAAUGACAACCCUCCAAUUUUCAACCAGCUAAUAUAUGAAUCGUAUGUGAGUGAACUGGCACCUCGGGGUCAUUUUGUGACUUGCGUCCAAGCCUCAGAUGCUGACAGCUCUGAUUUUGACAGACUGGAGUAUAGCAUCCUAUCAGGAAACGAUCGGACCAGUUUCAUUAUGGAUAGCAAGAGCGGUGUAAUCACCCUUUCCAACCAUCGGAAGCAGCGAAUGGAACCCAUGUACAGCCUAAAUGUCUCUGUCUCAGAUGGGUUGUUCACCAGCACAGCUCAGGUGCAUAUACAGAUCCUUGGAGCCAACCUCUACAGCCCUGUGUUUUCACAGAGUGUUUAUGUUGCAGAGGUUAGAGAAAAUGCAGCGCCUGGAACUAAGGUACUUCAUGUGAAGGCCACAGAUGGGGAUUCAGGUGUAUACGGCCAGAUAAGCUAUUCCAUAAUAAAUGACUUUGCCAAGGACCGAUUUUUGAUUGAUAGCAAUGGCCAGAUUCUGACAACUGAGCGACUAGACCGGGAGAACCUGCUGGAAAGUGACAUCGGUGUAUUUCUGAGAGCACUUGACGGAGGUGGCAGGACUACAUUCUGCACUGUGAGAGUGAUAGUAGUGGAUGAGAAUGACAAUUCUCCCCAAUUCAUGACAGUUGAAUACAGAGCAAGCGUCAAAGCAGAUGUUGGGAAAGGUUACUUGGUGACCCAAGUGCAAGCAGUAGAUCCAGAUGAUGGAGCCAAUUCCAGAAUUACCUAUUCUCUUUAUAGUGAGGCCUCGGUUUCAGUAGCUGAUCUGCUUGAAAUAGAUCCAGACAAUGGAUGGAUGGUCACCAAGGGUAGCUUUAACCAACUGAAAAACACAGUUCUGUCAUUCUUCGUCAAAGCAGUUGAUGGUGGCAUUCCUGUAAAGCAUUCUCUCAUUCCUGUCUACAUCCAUGUUUUACCUUCAGAAACCAUUUUACCUUCCUUUUCUCAACCCCAGUAUUCUUUCACCAUAGCAGAAGACACCCUCAUAGGCAGUACUAUUGACAUUGUGCAUGUUGCGCCUAAUCAGGGUGCUUUGUACAGCACAGUUAAUGGUGAGCUGACAGAAAACAACAAAGAUGGUGUGUUCAUCAUAGAACAAGACACAGGGCUCUUAAAACUGGAUAAGAGACUUGACCACGAGACAAAUUCUGCUUUUCACUUCAAAGUUGCAGCCACCAUUCAAUUGGACAAAGUGGACAUUGUGUUGACAGUGGAUGUGGAGGUGAAGGUGUUGGAUAUAAAUGACAACAAGCCCAUAUUUGAAACAGCGAGCUAUGAUGCUAUAAUAAUGGAAGGGAUGCCCAUAGGAACAAAACUUAUGCAAGUUAAAGCAGUUGAUGCAGACUCAAGUGCAAAUGGGCAGGUCACCUAUACACUUGCAUUGGAAUCAGAGCUGGAGAAGAUCACAGAAGCUUUCACCAUUGAUAGCAACAGUGGCUGGAUUAGCACACUGAAGGAUCUGGACCAUGAAAAGGAUCCUGCCUUCACUUUUGCAGUGGUGGCCGCAGAUCUGGGGGAAACCUUAUCCUUGUCAUCAACCACCUUGGUCUCAGUCACUGUGACAGACAUAAACGAUAACGCACCUGUCUUUGAGCAUGAGGUCUACAGAGGAUCAGUGAAGGAGAGCGAUGCUCCAGGGGAAGUUGUGGCUGUUCUUAGCACCUGGGAUGAAGACACAUCUGAUGUCAACCGGCAGGUUAGCUACCAUAUUACAGGAGGGAAUCCCAAAGGGAAGUUCGCUCUGGGACUGGUUCAGAACGAAUGGAAGGUUUAUGUAAAAAGGCCACUAGAUCGGGAGGAACAAGAUGUUUAUUACCUGAACAUCACCGCCACGGAUGGCCUCUUUGUAACCCAAGCUGCUGUGGAAGUGACGGUCACUGACGUUAAUGAUAACAACCCAGUCUGUGAGCGGGUUGCAUACACAGCACUGUUUCCUGAAGAUAUUCCGUCAAACAAAGUCAUUCUAAAAAUCAAAGCUAAAGAUGCUGACAUUGGGUCCAAUGGUGAAAUUCGCUACUCUCUCUACGGUCCUGGGAACAAUAAAUUUUUCUUAGAUCCAGAAAAUGGUGAGCUGAAAUCCUUAGCCUCACUUGACCGAGAGAAAAUCCCUGCGUACAACCUGAUUGCCCGAGCUACGGAUGGCGGUGGCAGGUUCUGCCAAUCGGAAAUCCAUCUUAUUUUAGAAGAUGUGAAUGAUAACCCACCAGUGUUUUCAUCUGAUCACUACACCGCAUGUGUCUAUGAGAAUACUGCCACUAAGGCGUUGCUAACAAGAGUCCAAGCCACUGAUCCUGAUGUCGGUGUGAACAGAAAAGUUACUUAUUCCCUCGCAGACUCGGCAGAUGGUUACUUCUCAGUUGACCGCUCAUCAGGAAUCAUUAUUUUGGAGCAUCCACUUGACAGAGAGCUUCAGUCGUCCUAUAACAUCAGUGUAAAGGCCUCAGAUCAGAGCAUUGUGCUGACCUUGUCCUCUUUUGCUACUGUUACCAUUACAGUACUAGACAUUAAUGACAAUCCCCCCGUCUUUGAAAGAAGAGAUUAUCUUGUCACCGUGCCUGAAGACACUUCACCUGGCACUGAAGUCCUCUCUGUUUUUGCUACAAGCCAGGACAUUGGCACUAAUGCUGAGAUUACCUAUCUCAUCAGAUCUGGGAAUGAGAAGGGGAAGUUCAGGAUUAACUCAAAGACAGGAGCCAUUUCCAUUUUUGAAGCUUUGGAUUAUGAAUCGUGUAAGGAUUUCUACUUAGUAGUGGAAGCAAAAGAUGGAGGUACUCCAGCCCUGAGCGCUGUUACAACUGUGAAUGUGAAUGUGACAGAUGUUAAUGACAACGCGCCAAAAUUCAGCCAGGUGGUCUACAGUGCAGUCAUCAGCGAGGACGCCGCGGUCGGUGAUUCUGUCAUAAUGUUGAUAGCAGAAGAUCUGGACAGUCCUUCCAAUGGCCAGAUUCAUUUUUCCAUAGUGAGUGGUGAUCGAGACAAUGAAUUUUCGGUUGAUCCUGGCUUGGGACUCGUGAAAGUUAAAAAGAAAUUGGAUAGAGAAAGGAUAUCUGGUUAUUCAUUAGUUAUUCAGGCAAGAGACAGUGGCACCCCUCCUUUGUCUUCCUCUGUGACGGUCAACGUGGAUAUUUCUGAUGUGAACGAUAACAGUCCUGUAUUUACUCCAGCUAACUAUACAGCUGUAAUUCAAGAAAAUAAACCAGUGGGCACAAGCAUUUUGCAGCUAGUAGUGACGGACAAAGACUCUUUUCACAAUGGCCCCCCUUUUACCUUCGCCAUCCUCACUGGCAAUGAAGAGGAGGAGUUUACGCUGGACCCUCAUGGCAUCUUGAGAUCUGCAGUCAUCUUCAAGCACAUGGUUGCAACUGAAUAUGUGCUCUGUGUGCAGGCAAAGGACUCUGGGAAGCCUCAGCAGGUUUCCCACACCUAUGUUCAGGUGAGGGUUAUUGAAGAGAGUAUUCACAAACCGACAGCCAUUCCACUGGAGAUUUUCAUUGUCACCAUAGAAGAUGAUUUUCCAGGUGGAGUCAUUGGAAAAAUUCAUGCCACAGAUCAGGACGUGUAUGAUGUCCUCACUUACACACUGAAAUCAGAGCAGAAAAGUUUGUUCAAGGUUAACAGCCAUGAUGGGAAGAUCAUUGCCCUCGGAGGGCUUGAUAAUGGCAAGUAUGUCCUGAAUGUCUCUGUCAGUGAUGGCCGGUUCCAGGUACCCAUUGACGUUGUGGUCCACGUCGAGCAGUUGCUUCAAGAAAUGCUGCAGAACACCGUCACCAUUCGCUUUGAGAAUGUUUCCCCGGAAGACUUUGUGGGCCUUCACAUGCAUGGGUUCCGGCGUACCUUGCGAAACGCAGUGCUCUCCCAAAAACAAGACAGCCUACACAUCAUCAGUAUUCAGCCGGUGGUAGGCAACAAUCAGCUUGACAUGCUGUUUGCAGUUCAGAUGCACAACGGUGGUUUCUAUAAGCCUGCGUAUUUGAUUCAGAAGCUUACCAAUGCAAGGAGACACUUGGAAAAUGUGAUUCGUAUUUCUGCUAUCUUGGAGAAGAAUUGCUCUGGACUGGAUUGUCAGGAACAACACUGUGAGCAAAGUCUAUCUAUUGAUUCACAUUCCCUGAUGACCUAUAGCACGGCACGAAUUAGUUUUGUGUGCCCCCGCUUUUACAGGAAUGUGCGCUGCAUGUGCAAUGGAGGACUGUGCCCAGGGUCUAAUGAUCCCUGUCUGGAGAAGCCGUGUCCAGGGGACAUGCAGUGUGUGGGGUAUGAAGCUAACCGGAGACCAUUCAUCUGCCAGUGCCCACCUGGAAAGCUUGGCGAAUGCUCAGGCCACACUUCCCUUAGCUUUGCUGGGAAUAGUUACAUUAAAUACCGUGUUUCUGAAAAUAGCAAGAAAGAGGAAUUCAAGCUGGCUCUACGUCUGCGAACUCUGCAAAGCAAUGGGAUUAUAAUGUACACCAGAGCGAAUCCCUGUAUAAUUCUGAAGAUUGUGGAUGGCAAACUCUGGUUCCAGUUGGACUGUGGGAGUGGCCCGGGAAUCCUGGGGAUUUCUGGCAGGGCCGUCAACGACGGAAGCUGGCAUUCUGUCUUCCUGGAGCUGAAUCGCAAUUUCACAAGCUUGUCCCUGGACGACAGCUACGUGGAGCGCCGCAAAGCCCCCCUCUACUUCCAGACUCUCAGCACGGAUAGCUCUGUCUAUUUCGGAGCCCAGGUCCAAGUGGAUAACGUCCGCAGCCUGACCGACAAGAGAACGACGCAGGUCUUGAGCGGCUUUCAGGGCUGCCUGGAUUCAGUUGUCCUAAAUAACAACGAGCUGCCGCUCCAAAACAAACGCAGCAGCUUUGCAGAAGUGGUUGGCCUGACCGAAUUAAAGCUUGGCUGUGUCCUCUACCCCGACGCCUGCGAGAGGCAUCCCUGCCAGAACGGCGGCACCUGUACGAGCGUGCCAUCUGGUGGCUACCAGUGCAAUUGCCUCUCCCAGUUUACUGGAAGAAAUUGUGAAUCAGAGAUCACAGCCUGCUUCCCAAAUCCCUGCCGGAAUGGAGGCUCAUGCGAUCCCAUUGGCAAUGCUUUCAUCUGCAACUGCAAGAAUGGCCUGACUGGAGUAACGUGUGAAGAAGAUAUCAAUGAGUGUGAAAGGGAAGAAUGUGAAAAUGGUGGCUCCUGUGUCAACAUAUUUGGUUCGUUUCUGUGUAACUGCACGCCUGGUUAUGUGGGACAAUACUGUGGUCUUCGCCCCGUGGUGGUUCCCAAUAUACAAGCUGGGCAUUCAUAUGUCGGCAAGGAGGAGCUGAUAGGAAUAGCUGUGGUCCUGUUUGUCAUAUUUGUGCUGAUCGUCCUCUUCAUCAUUUUUCGCAAGAAAGUGUUCAGGAAGAACUACUCCCGCAAUAACAUCACGCUUGUACAGGAUCCAGCCACUGCCGCCCUGCUCAACAAGAGCAACGGCAUCCAGUUCAAGAACAUCAGGAACAGCGGAGACAGCAGGAACAUCUACCAAGAGGUUGGGCCUCCACAGGUGCCCGUGAGGCCAAUGGCCUAUACCCCAUGCUUCCAGAGUGACUCACGGAAUAACCUGGACAAGAUAGUGGAUGGGCUUGGCGUGGAGCACCAGGAGAUGACGACGUUUCAUCCCGAGUCCCCUCGAAUCCUGACAGCCAGGCGGGGUGUCGUGGUGUGCAGCGUGGCUCCCAACUUGCCCGCUGUGUCUCCCUGUCGCUCCGACUGUGACUCCAUCAGGAAGAGCACGUGGGAUGCUGGGACGGAAAGUAAAGGGGUUGAUGACGCUGAAGAAGUGACCUGUUUUGCAGGAAGUAAUAAAGGCAGCAACUCUGAAGUGCAGUCCCUCAGCUCUUUCCAGUCUGAUUCGGGUGAUGACAACGCUUCCAUAGUGACUGUCAUACAGCUUGUCAACAAUGUAGUUGACACUAUAGAAAAUGAAGUGUCUGUUAUGGAUCAAGGACAGAACUACAACAGAGCAUAUCAUUGGGAUACCUCUGACUGGAUGCCAAGCGCUCGUUUAUCUGACAUAGAAGAAGUGCCCAAUUUUGAGACGGCAGAUGGAGGCUCGACUCACCAUGGCAGCACCAGAGAGCUGGAAACAGAUUACUACCUUGGUGGCUACGACAUCGACAGCGACUACCCUCCCCCUCAUGAAGAGGAGUUCAUGAGCCAGGACCAGUUACCACCUCCUCUUCCAGAGGAUUAUCCAGACCAAUAUGAAACCCUUCCGCCCUCGCAGCCGGUCUCAAUGGCAAGUACGCUCAGCCCCGACUGUAGGCGACGGCCGCACUUCCACCCCAGCCAAUACCUCCCUCCUCACCAGUUCCCCCAUGAGACAGACACCGCAGGGGCUCAGACUGGGAACGAAUUUAGUACUUUUGCUGUUGGCCCAAGCCAGAACACAGAAAACGUUAGUGCAGGUAAGAUGCCCUUAUCCUUGCACAACUCCCUAGAUGCCUCCUCUUCUGACGUCUCAGCCAGCUGCGGCUUUGAUGACUCUGAAGUAGCCAUGAGUGACUAUGAAAGCGUGGAGGAACUCAACCUAGAAAAUGUUCACAUUCCAUUUGUGGAGACCCAGCAUCAGACACAAGUGUAAAGGAAGCUCCAUUCUUCUUCUCCUUCUUCUUCUUCUUCUGUUUUUUCUUUUUUUCUUUUUUUUUUUUUUGUCAUUUGGUCCAAUUAAUAGUAUAAAUAUUGAGAAGAAAUUUUGCUGAAGGUGUAUCUAUAUAUAUUGGGCAAUGCAAAAAUACAGUAUAACCCAUUAUUAGCUUGUUCAGAAAUGAUACUGUAUGUGCAGACACGAAGAGACCAAUUGCGUUAAGUAUUACACAUCACAAAAUUGUUACAGACAAUCUGGAGAGUAUGUACCUUCUAUUUAUUACCAAGAGUAAAACUGAGCAUUUGAGGAAGGGGGAAGCGAUCUCAUUGCUAAAUAAAUUCCUUCUCUCCCUCCCACCAUCACCCAGGGUUGGGGUUUGGUUUUUUUUUGGUAUUGUAUUAUUAAAAGUGUUACAGUGUUAUGAUCUCCCUACAGUAUUAAAGAACUGGUAUGGAUCAUUCCAAGAUGCAAUAUUGCAUGAAAUAUUAUGUCAGCAAAAGAGUGAAAGCAAUUGAUUGCUGAGGCUGCUAUGUACAACAUGUCAGAUGGCUUAAAAAACAGCAUUUACAAAUUGAUGUAUCAAAGGCAAGCUACCAGUCAUUUGUCCAUAAAUAUUUAUCUACCCUUUUGUUUGUUACAUAGCAUUUCAUUCUACUUUGUGUACAUAUACCACAACAUAUAUACAGCAACAUAUAUACAGCCUAUAUUUACUCUAAGUUGGCCUGCUUUGGUUGCCGUGUUUUAACACCUGAUGUCAGAUGCGUGUGUACAACUUCACCUGUGAGAACUUCUAGCAAUAUCAGAGUCUGGUUCCGUACCAGCCCGGUUCUGCCUCAGACGUGUACCUACAGCUUCCCUUGACUUCUGUAUGCAGCAUGAACAUGGAUCUGAAAACAUCUGGCAAACCUAAGUAUCUAUGUAGUGUGGCUGAUUUUUUUGAAAUUCCUUGCUUGGGCAAUCACCUCUUUAACAGCAGUCAUCAUGCUACAAUUAUUACAGUAAAAUUAGUUGCAAUUAAGUUGCAUAAAACAUUGCUAUAAUCUCAAAUCGUUAGUUUAACAUCAUUUGGCAAAUGUCCAUCCUUAGAGUUUAUGGGAUGAGCUGUCAGCUGCUGUAAACUGACUCAGUCGGUGGAACUGCACGGAUGGGCCACGGCCAGAGAUCUGGUUUUAGAUUUUCUGUCGGAUGUGUGUGUGAUUUCGUAGGGUUUGAGGACUUCCAAAGGUUGUUUGCAGACUUUAGAAUAUCAUGGAAUGAGGAAAACCACGGCAUCAACUAUGCUCUUAUGCUUCCCUCACCCUCAUUGGAGUAAAUGGCCUUUCACAGCGACUGGCCCAAGCAGCUAAGUGCAAUAUGGAAAUACGGCAUUUUCACUCAAUGUAUUAAAGCAGAAUACAUGUACCCAUUUCUCAGUGCUAUGAAAAUGUUUCUACCACAUCAUUUUAUAGCAUCUUUAUACCUUAUCAAUGAAUGUGAGUCUGUAGUCUGCAUUACUGCUGGGAUUUCAUCCAUUCCUGCCAUGGCAUAAUUCAGUCAUUUUGAAAAGCCAUUGAAUACGUCAUUGUUAUUAAUGAGUAGACUCAUUAACAGGUUUCCUAUGCUGCUUUCCAUAUCCUGUCUCUUGGUCAAACAUGUUAACUGAAUAGGUUCAUCAGUUGUAUUCCCGGGCGUGUUCUUGACUGAUUUGAGCUUCGCCCAAAAUUAAAUUGUUGUCCAUUUCUUGACAUACAAAAAGUGUUCAUUCACAGGUUACCCCCAACAAGAAGAAAUUAUUAAUAGAAUAUAAUUGAAAUAAUUGCAGCUUGUAACACUUUUAAUAAAACGGGAUUUCUAAAAUUCUCAGAGUAGGUACAAUAUGCAGCAAUUCUUCAUUAGAAAACAGCUCAUUUAUACAGGUACAUGAAAAAUUGAGUGAACUUCUGGAAAUACCAUGUACUGCACAUACAAGUAUUAUCAAGUACUUGUCCACAAGUAGUUCCUGUCCAUUGAAUUUAUGAAUGUCACUUGGUCUUCUCAAAGUAAACACGCUUCUGUAACGGUGAUAUAUUCUGAAUGUGCACACAGUACGUUUCAACUCCCUUUCCCUGCUAUUCUCCCUGUGUUUUCAAGAAAAAAAGAAUAAUGGAAAUUUGUAUCGCGAUUGCAAGGAACUGAGGGACUUGCCAAUAAACCAUGAAGUGUUUUGGCAAGCCUUGAGGCACAGACAGAGGAUGAUUUGCAUAGUUCAUGAAGUCUGUGUUGCAAGAAAUGAGAUGCAAGGAUUAGAUUGAUGUCUCUUCAAGAUUAGGUACAACUGGGUUAGAAAAGCAAAGCUGCAAGCUUAGCUGCUACAAAGCAAUUUUAAAGCUGGUAUGACUUUCUGAGAAUGUGAUAGUCUCUUAGCAUCUAGUUGUAGUUUACAUGGGGUUUGCUCCUACUCAGUAUUGGUGUGAGACAUUUUUAUCUAUUAUGCAAUUACUUCUGUUUUAGUCCCCAGCUAGUUAUGAAGUGUACUUGUCAUCUUCUUUUCUGUAGUGAAAAAUCUUGAGUAAGCCUGAGACUCUGAUAUCAAAACUUUACUGGGACAUAUCAGAAGUGUCACAAGGGAGAACACCACAGGAGCCUAGCAAUUGCCAUACAAAAAAAGAUCAAUGUUUCUUACCAAGCUUGUUGCCUCAGUAAUAUCUUGUUGGUAGUGAAUUUUACUAGUAAAAUAUGCAUAAAUACAAUGUAUAGUACCUUUUCUGUUUUGAUGUUGUUGCCAUUUCAUUUCACUGAAUGCCUACAAACUAAAGUGCUGUGGGGAAGGUGCCAAGGAUCACUGUUCAGCCUUCUCUGUCCCACUCAUUUCUAUACCUCAAUAUCUCCUCCCCUCCAAAUCAAAUGAGCCUAAUCUAUUUUUUCCAUCUCAAACAAAUGCCCCUCUGUGGAUAUUGGUACUGAUGUGGCCUUUCUGGUUUUGUUAUGGCCUUUUUGGAUAGUGAUAAGAACCUGAAUGCAGAUCUCAAGGUGAAAUACCUCUUAGGGAAUAAGAUUUUUGUAUUAACAUCCUCUUGUUAAUCCGUACUAUUUUCUUUUUAAUUACUGCUCUACAUGGACAAGCCCUAAUUUUCUAAGCUGGAAGAUAACAACACAUGCACAACCUGAUGUAAGAAUUAGUGUUUACGUUAUUCCAUCCAACAUUUAAUUCUUUUUCUGCCAUAUGGUGAUUUUUAUGUUGCUGCUCCUGCCAUUGCCAACUCCCUAGUUUUGUUAGAGCUGAUCUGGUUGGCCUUGAUCCUGCGUGUCUGUAUUUCAACUCACAUUCCUGUAGAUGGCUCCACCACACAGUGUUUUCUUUCAGGAUCUGCUGUAAGAGAGGUUUCAUAGACUUAAAUGCUUUGCACUAUCAUCAGUGAAUUAAAACCCUUAGGAUCAAGACAGUUUUUGCUUUUUGUAAAGAAGCAAACCAAGAAAUAAGCAACUUUUAAAAAUUCAAAUACCUGCUUGUGUCAAAAAUCACUGACUUUACUGAGGGGUGUGUGUCUGAGUAAAAGGACGCGUGUUCUCUGUGUUUUGGUCCAAAUGCCAUACACACGGAGAGCCUUUUGAUAACUCUGGCAGUGGGAAGAACCUUAAAGUGACUGACAUCAUAAUUUACACUGCCAAUACCACAUUAAGUGGCCUUGUGCAAAAGGGAAAAACAGGCUUAUGUACUUUUCUGAAAUAUGUUGAUUAUUUUGCCUUUGGGUUAUAAACAUCCUAAAAACAAAACAAAC